AUGGCUCCAUCCCAGAGGAAAGCGCUUAUCAAUGUUGAUAUGGGCGAGGGAUAUGGCAAUUUUGUCUGCGGUCCAGACAAAGAACUACUACCCAUGAUCGACCAAGCGAACGUGGCAUGUGGUUUUCACGCCGGUGAUCCCUUGAUAAUGGCAGAGACGGUCGCUCUUUGCAAAUCACAUGGUGUCAAAAUCGGCGCCCACCCUGGACUACCUGACGUCCAAGGUUUCGGUCGUCGAGAAAUCAAGAUGACUCCAGAAGAGCACACCGCCAAUGUAGUAUACCAAAUCGGGGCUUUACAAGCAUUCCUUGAUCGGGAAGGAGUGGAAAUGCACCACGUCAAGCCACAUGGAAUUUUAUAUGGCAUGAUGAUCCGCGAUAUUGAGGUUGCAAGAGCUGUGUGGGCAGCCGUGCCGAAGGGGAUGCGCGUCUUUGGUCUCCCGGGAACUAACAUGGAGAAGGCUGCAAAGGAGGCGGGCCUGGAGUUCUGGGCUGAGUAUUUCGGAGACGUCAAGUAUCAUGCUGAUGGGACUUUGAGGAUUGAUCGGAAGAAGCAGCCGUGGAGGAUUGAAGAUGUCAAGGCACAUGUCGAUGGGCAAUUGCGUCAUAGUCAGGUUGUGGCGGUCACUGGAGAGACAGUAACGCUUGAAGUGGGUGACAGUCCUAUUACUAUUUGUUGUCAUUCGGACUCGCCUGGUUGUGUUGAGAUUGUGAAGGCUGCGAGGGAAGUGGCGGACCAAUUCAACAGGGAGCGAGGGCUUUAA